AUGCAUCGCGCAUCCUCCUUGAUGAUGAUGAUGAUGUUCUCCGUUCUAGUUUUGGUCUUCAUGGCUUCUGCCUUCCCCAGCAUGGCCGAUGUAAUCGAGACUAGACAAGCUGUGCCACCAGUCCCGCUUCCUCUCAGCCAGGUCAUGAUGUUGCAGAACGAGCCCAACUGUGGCAUCAUUCCCUGCCCUACCUUUGACGCCGCUGACCAGUUCGUUGACGUCCGCCCUGGCACUCCUCACCAAUUCGUCCCUCCAACCGCAUCGGAUAGGCGUGGCCCUUGUUCUGGACUUAAUGCUGCUGCCAACCACGGAUUCAUCCCCCACAAUGGCAUUGGCACUGUGACACAAUGUCUUCAACAAGCCUACAAUAUGGAUAUCCCUCUUUCAACUGUGCUCGCUACAAUCGGGGUUGCCUUGACUGGUGAUGUGCUUGGUGGUACAUGGUCUAUUGGAGGUCCAUACUCAGCUGGACUACUAGGAAGCCUUCUCUCAAGCCCAAAGGGUCUCUCGUACUCACACAACUUGUAUGAAACAGACGGUUCAGUCACACGCGCGGAUGCAUACAUGAACAACGGAGAUUCUUCCACUCUCCAAAUGGACCGCUUCAUGGCCUUGUACAACCGUUCGGAGCUCUACACUCUGGAUAUCAUGCGUCAACACAACAAGGCUAUGCGUGACUGGUCUGUCCAGAAUAACCCAUACUACUUCUCAGCGGCAAGUCACGUAGCCGCCCCGUUUGCCGGACUUGUCGCUCCGAUCGCUCAUACGUUGAUCCCUCUGAUGUUCUCAAACCACUCCGCGGAAAACCCCAACGGCUACAUUGAUCGGGGGAUUCUCAAAUCUUUCCACGGUAUCACUGGUCCAGAGGGCGCGUUUAAGUACACGCCAGGUCACGAACGAAUCCCAAACAACUGGUACAGACGACCUUCGUACAAUCGACUUGGAAUUGUAAACGGAUUUGCGGACUUGGGAGUUACGGCAGCUCGUUUCCCAGAGCUCAUCUCUAUCGGUGGUAAUACAGGUACCGUGAAUUCCUUCGUCGGUGUCAACCCCAAAGAUAUUUCCGGCGGCGUAUUUAACGCAACUACCCUUCUGCAAGGGAACAACCUGGCCUGCUUCGUCCUCCAAGGAGUUCAAGCUGCCACACCAUCGAUUCUGUCGGGUCUGGUCAGCACUUUGAGUCUUUCAAACAUCCUUCAACUUCUGGGGAGCGUCAUUAACCCCGCCGUGGCCUCGCUAACCUGUCCAUCGAUGAGUACUAUUUACACUUCCCAACUCAACCAGUGCCCUGGGCGCAACUAUCGCCCGGUGCCCUGA